UGAUGAACCCUAAUUACAGGGAAAUUUUAAAAUAGAUAAUGGAUUUCAAAUAAGAAGGAACGAGAGCAUUGAUAUCAGGCUUGCUUGUUAAGUUAGUAAUUUAUUCAUCAAUGAAUAGAUUAUUGGACUCUUUUUUACAUGGCCAAUUUUGUAAUCUUACCAUGAAAUCUUAAUUGGAUAUAAGGAUCUUAAUCACUAAUACAUUAUCUAUAUCAGUUAUGCACUUAUGAUAUUUAUAAUGAAUCUAUUCAUACCUCAUAGUGAUUUCUUCUUAAAGAAAUUAGGGCCUUAAGCUUUAAUAUGCAUCUUUGUUUGUUUAACAGGAAUUUCUUUUAUGUUGAUAGCAAUAUUUGAUUAAGUAUAUAUUUACAUAGAUUAAAAAGAAUUGGCUCCUCCAUGUUUUGCUCCAGUUAUUUAUUAUUGCACCAUCUAUUGGAAUUUUGUAUUCUACACCAUUUCUCACAACAUGGAGAUACUUUGUUAAAUAGAAAUGUAUUUGUUUUAUUUACAAAUUUCAUAGAACACUUGAAUUCCAUAUUCUAAAUCUUCAUUGGAUUAGGUGCCUUCUUUGGAUUGCUAAUCUUUCAAUCAAAUUAAGAAAAUCAACUAGAAUUAUAUUUUGAUAAUAAUUAGUAGUUUUGUGGAGAAUGUUUUAAUCUUCAAACUAGGCGAUCUCUUAGAGAACUGACGAUUUGGGCUUUUAUUUUAGGAAUUAGUGCUGUUUUAUUAGUUAAAUAACCCGAUGGAGAUGUUGCUGAUAGUGUAGUAGAUUACGAUCUUUUAGCAUUUGCUCAUUUAGAUCUAAAAUAAUAAUAACAUAGUCAACAUUCUUCAAAUGAAAAUGAUUAAUCAUUCGAUUAACCAAUUACAUUUACCUAAUCCUUGUCCACUAAACCAUUUUAAAUAAUGUCAAUUUUAGUAGUAUCAUCAUCUCUUUUACCAUACUUGAUUUUCUGUUAAUAUUAGAGAAUUCAGUCUGCUUUAGGCAUAUCUUAUACGAAAUCUUAGUUCACUUUUUCAAUAUCCAUAAUAUUUUAUGGAUUUAUGAGAUUGAUAUAUAAUUAUUUUAUAUCUGAUUGGCCAUAUAAACUUGUGAUAAAAAGAUUAGGUUAAGCAAAUGUAUUUAAAAGUUAUUAUAUAUUUAGAUGGUCUUAAUUUUAACAUUUGUAGCUUCACUUUGGUUUGAAAAUACUUUUUUAAUAAACAUUUUGUGUUCUAUUUAUACUGUUAGUUUAGCCAUUUUGUUCUCUGUGAUUAGUAGUUCAAUCCCUAAAAUAUUUGGAUCAAUGGCAAGUUAAGGCGUAUUUUCUUUUAUGUUGGCAAUUAUGGGUUUGAGUGCUAUAAUAUCAAAUAGUAUUUCAUAUUAUUUUCCAGAAGAGGUAGAUUAUUAAAUAUGUUUAGAGCACAAAAAUGAUGUUGUUCUACUUUUCCAUAAAAGUAUUUCUUGGUUAAAUGUUUGUGUAUCGAGUUGCUAAAUGAUU